CUUGCAAUUAAUUCUAUUCUACCUACUUUACUGUACUUUUAUUUGAGCUUUGCUACAGGUCUCAUAACUUUUGUUGUUAGUUUAUUGUUGGGCUUCUUGGCCUCAUUAUGGGUGAACUUCAUUACAAUAUACUUUUGAGAGACCUCCUAUGGCAGAUUCCUUACAUUGAGAUUGUAUCGUCAAUGUUAUAUGUGAAUCAUAUAUGGCAGCGGAUACUAUGAUUAUAAUAAGACAUAACAUUAAGAAAAAGUCACACUCCACAUUUUCCACAUAAAAUCAUCUUAAAAUAAUUAACCUUAUAAUAACAAAGUCAGGCAUCACCAAAAUUAAGAUUUCAAGCAUAAUCCAUGUUUUUUUGGCCUUAAAGCACAAUCCACGUUGGAAUCCCUACGAUAAACAUGAGUAACAUCAGGCAGAGUGAUAAAGCCAAGGAUGAAUUGCCAGUUCCGAUUUGUCACCGGACAACUGAAGCAUAGUACUGAGUUCCAUUGCACGUAAUCUUCUCACUGCUUUGCAUGUUUGCAACAGCAAGAGGAGAGAUGCCUAAUGACAUCUGUGCUGGCUGCUGGAAAAUGACAUCAUUGUUAGAGGUUCUUGUGGUGUCUGAGCAGGCUUAUAUUUGCAUGCCAAUGAAAGCUUUUUCUCAUGGUGAAAUGAUCGGAAAAGCAGACAGCAAGUCAUAAAGAGCUCUUGGUACAGCUGCAUCAUCAAAAUCGGGUACAAGGCUUGAGCUCCUAAUGUAAGUUAAAUGAUAUAUGAAAUGCUUAAAUUGCCAGCAGUUACCUUCCCUCGAAAUCUGUAAGAAAUAUUGGAUGGGGCAUCAAUAAGCGAAGUAGAUGGGCAUGAGCAUCAAACAUUUAGUGAAUAUUUUGUUAGGAAAAAAGAAUAUUACUGUUUUCAUUUUGAGACUGGGAUGAUUAGUUUUCCUUGUUCUUGGGCGCGUGUUGUUCUAGGAAGUGCAGGAUUGUAUUCCAGUAAUGAUCCCCACCAGCUCGCCAGGUGUUCAUGUGCCUGCCGUUAGGGAAUUCUACAAAGUCACACUGCCUGUUACGUACAGCUGCUUUUGCAUACAGCAUUUGCAUGUGUGAUGGGGGAACCAUCUCGUCUUGUAAUCCAGACAGAAAAAGAAUUGGCUGCUCAAUCUGCAGUUAAUAAAACCACAAGGAGUAA